AUGCUUUCUCAUGUUGGGCCAUGGCUGGAGGAAGAAGCAAAACAGCAAAAAUUUUAUGAUUCUGCCUUUACCCACCUGCUUCCUUUGUGUAUGAAUCAUCACUUCAGCACAAGGAUCCAUGCUCAGGCCACCAUCUGUAAAAUGUGGCGCCAGUGCAAGUCUUUGGGUUUGGACAAUAUCCUCAGCAAGUUUGCGCUCGUUGAAGGCUGCAUUCAAUUCAAUGAUGGAAGCAAUGCAACUAAGAAUACCUUAAAGUUAAUGGAAUCUUAUUUUAUGGCCACAUUUGAUCCUGUCAGAGAUUACAGUAUCGAAACGAUAUUUUUAACUUUACCUAAACUCACCUGUCUAACUGAUGAAGAAUGGUUACCUCCGGAAAUGUUUAGUGAUAUGGACCCUACCUGGUUGGAUGCAAAUGCACUCAAGCUUCUCUCUCUUUAUAAUGGAAGAGACUCUCUCAAUUCAAGCAAGUCUGGACCCUGGAGAGUCAAAAUUCAUAGUCUUUGUCGAACCAGUGAGAUAUUUGGAAUAAAAGAAUAUGUUAUUGGUAGCAUGAGACAUCUUGUGGACAAAAACUUCUCAUCUCUGAGUGUCACAGCAGAAAAAUGGAUUCCAAUUAGAGAGGUUCCAAGUGAAUACCUCCAAAACUUCUUGAUUGAAAAACAGCGUGAUGGUUAUGCUCUGGUAGGAGCUGAACAGACAGCCAACAGUCGAUGUUUGACAGACUAUGAGUUCCCAAUGAAAACUGUCCUUAUCUUAGGAAAUGAACGUGAAGGAAUCCCCGCCAGCUUGAUUUCCUUGUUGGAUGUGUGUGUGGAAAUCCCCCAACAAGGGGUAAUUCGUUCCUUGAAUGUCCAUGUCAGUGGUGCCCUGCUUAUGUGGGAAUAUACACGACAGAUGCAUAGUCACAGGACAAAGACGAGCAGCAACCAAAAAAGUUUGUGA